AUGUACUAUCAAUACCACCAAGACGAUCUCAGCAUAACUGACAAGAUAUUGCCUUUUCAAAGAAUACACAAAACCAAGCCAAGCUUCACCAAGCUUAGUACCAUGCCUGCGUAUGGUUUUGUAGGAAAGCUUGCAGCGGACAUGGAGGCCAGGCACGCUGAGCAAGCCGCCGAGGAGAGUGAUGGGAAUAUCGAGAUGCGUGAUUGA